AUGGCUGAAGCACUAGCACAAGCGCCUUCACGAACCCCGACUGCUCCCUUGGUAUCUGCCACGACUCAAAGGCGUGAGGAACUGACUAUUAAGCAAUCAAGGCAUCUAAUACCAGUGACACCUUCGAUGCCUAAGGUUUCUGUUUUAUAUUCAACUGAUAAAUCAAAAGUCAAACCUCCAACCAGAAUAAGUGAGAUGAACAUUGCUGUCAAGAGUGGAUCACAAACGUCACCUUUGGUUUAUCAAGGUAAUCAUAACUUUCCUCAUAAUGGACAUGUUAAGUCUGACCCAAAGACAUCUGGGAAGCUUUUGGUUCUCAAACCUCGAAGGGAUAAUGCGGUCUCAUCCCCUACCCAAAAUGAUAUUUCUAGUUCAACAAAAAUCGCGAACAACAGAGUUAUAACUAGCCAACUUGCUUUUGCUCCUGUUAAUUCUGCUUCUGCAAGAAACUCAAAUGUCCCGAAGCUUUCCGCUGGGGAAUGUAAGGCAGCUGCCAUUAGUCCAAUAGCUGGGUUCACUGUGGAAAAGAGACAUUCUUUGGCUCAAACCCAGAGUCGAAAUGAUUUUUUUAAUCUACUGAAGAAGAAGAAGACUUCAACAAACAUUUCUGGUGGUCUCUCCGAUUCAGAUUCUCAAAUUUCAUCAUCCGUUAUGGAGAAAUCUGAAGUUCAUAAGGAAGUAAUUGGUGCUUCUGUGACUGCUCAUGCUGAUGAUGGUACUGCAACAACUAGUAACGGUGACACUUGUUCUGGUUACAAGAAAAAGGAUAUGAGCGCCAUUGAUAUGCCUUAUCCCGAUGAGGAAGAGGCUGCAUUCCUUCGUUCUCUUGGGUGGGAAGAAGGCACUGGUGAGGAUGAGGGCCUUACGGAAGAUGAGAUCAAUGCUUUUUAUCAGAAGUAUAUGAAAAUAAGGCCAUCUCUGAAAAUAUUCCGUGACAUGCAACCAAUGGUAUCGCAGUCUGUUGCAAAUAAUUUGGAUGGAGUUUCUUCUGAAUCAAGCUCGUCCGACUCCGGCUCUGAAGCUUGAGUUUUCUUUCUUUCGUACAUGAUCAAUCCAUGAGUUCC